UGAAGACACACCUUUCAGCGGUCCAGUGGAGUUGUGUAUCUGACCGUGUCUCAUGGAGAGGAUCACCUGUGGACUGUGGACGGUCGUCUUUCUCUUGGGAUGUGGACGACUGUCGGCGUUCAACCUGGACACCGAGAAUGUCCUGCGGAAGACCGGAGACAAAGGCAGCUUGUUCGGCUUCUCUCUCGCCAUGCACCGGCAGCUCGACCCGGUGGAUAAGAGAAUGCUGCUGGUUGGUGCCCCGAGAGCAAAAGCAUUGAGUGGUCAGAAAUCUGCAGUGACAGGAGGACUGUACAACUGUGACAUUACCUCCACCUCACCUAAUUGCGCCAGAGUCAUUUUUGAUAACAACGAGGAUACAGCGAGAGAAAGCAAAGAAAACCAGUGGAUGGGAGUGUCAGUCAACAGUCAGGGCCCAGGAGGCAAGAUUGUGACUUGUGCCCAUCGCUACCAGGAUCGGAAUCGUGUGGGAGAACUCUCCGAGUCCCGUGACAUUAUCGGCCGCUGCUACGUGCUUAGUCAGUCCUUGACUAUUGAUCCCUUAACGAAUGAAGAGGGAGACAGCUGGCAUUUCUGCAAAGGCCGGCCCAGAGGCCACGAAAUGUUCGGCUCCUGCCAGCAGGGCAUGUCUGCCACAUUCGACAAGGACUACCACUACCUCAUCUUUGGUGCUCCUGGAGCAUACAACUGGAAAGGUGUGGUACAAUUGGAACAAAGGAACGAUUCAUUUGCAGCGAUGGAAAUUUUUGAGGACGGUCCUUUCGCGGUUGGAGGUGAUGAUAAAAGGGACCGUAACCUGGUCCCUGUCCCUGACAGUAGCUACCUGGGCUUCUCUCUGGACUCGGGGAAGGGUCUGACCAAUAAGAAGCAGCUCACAGUGGUGGCAGGAGCUCCCAGAGCAAACCACAGUGGAAUGGUUGUGCUGCUGAAGAAAGGCGAUGACACAUCCAAGAUCUUGCUUGAAGAGUACACCCUGGAAGGGGAAGGGCUGGCCUCGUCUUUCGGCUACGAUCUGACCGUGCUCGAUCUCAAUUCGGACGGUUGGCUGGACAUAGUGGUGGGAGCGCCCCAGUUCUUUGUGAAGGACGGGGAUAUAGGAGGAGCCGUCUAUGUUUAUGUCAACAAAGCUGGAGAUUGGAACAAAGUCACCCCCAUCAGAAUAGACGGACGUAAGAACUCCAUGUUUGGAGUGGCUGUGGAAAACCUCGGGGACAUCAAUCAGGAUGGUUACAAUGAUUUUGCAGUGGGAGCUCCUUACGAGGAUGACGGUGCAGGGAGUGUUCACAUCUUCCACGGAGCAGCCACGGAUCUCAGCUUUGAGAAAGCCUCACAGGUUUUGUCCGGCAAGUCAUUAGGGGUGAGUCUGUUUGGCUACUCUUUAGCAGGAAACAUGGACCUGGAUAAGAACACCUACCCUGAUUUGGCUGUCGGAACGCUUUCUGACUCUGUCUUUGUCUUCAGAGCCCGCCCAGUUAUUACCAUCAAGAAGGAAAUCAGCUUCACGCCAAAGAAAAUCGACCUCACCAACAAGGACUGUGACGGCAGCGCAUGCUUGGAGGUGAAGGCAUGCUUCAUCUACACUGCCAUUCCAGAGAACUACACUCCCAGUCUGACCGUGGAGUACACCCUUGAGGUAGACGCUGACCACAGGAAAAAGGGUCUUAACCCCAGAGCAACCAUCUCUGAGCCCUCUGAAAAGGCCUACCAGUCCAAAGGGACCAUCAUCAUGGACAAUAAAGGAGUGAAAAAGUGUAUUAUGCGUCAGCUUAAAAUACAGGAAAAUAUUCGAGACAAGUUGCACGGGAUCUCCAUCGAAGUGUCAGUGGACAUCAAGGGCAGCAGCCGUAAACGCAGACAGAGCCCAUCUUCUGAUCUGCCACCUGUCCUAGACGCCAAUGAGAAAGCGAUAACUCGAUCAGAGGUGCCUUUCCUGAAAGAAGGGUGUGGCAGCGAUCAAUGUCGAAGCAACUUGCAGGUGAAAUAUCGCUACGGCCAUGGGACAACUGACAAAGGCGCAUUCACAUUCACUCCUCUAGAACUGGAGGGCGGCGUGCCGCUGAUCAAGCUCAGUGACCAGAAGGACAUUGCCUUGGAGGUCAAAGUGUCCAAUAUAAAUGGAGAUGAUGCACACGAAGCCUCUGUGAUCGCCUCCCUCCCAUCCUCCCUUACCUACUCUACUUACCGCAUUCAACCAACUGAGCGGCAUGUAAUCUGUAAAGCCAAUAAAGAGGGUUCUCAGGCUGAGUGUGAGCUCGGCAACCCCUUCAAGGGUAACUCAGAGACGACCUUCUACAUUAUUCUGGGUACAUCAUUCAUUUCUCUCGAUACUACUGAAGUGGUGAUUGAUCUUCAGCUGAAUACGACAAGUGACCAGGGGAAUAUAGCUCUUAUUAAAGCAAAGGCAAUGGUGUUCAUCAUGUUGCAGAUGUCUGUAUCAGGACAAGCCCAGCCGUCUCAGGUCUACUUUACAGGAGAGAUCAAAGGUGAGGCAGCCAUGAAGACUGAAAGUGACAUUGGCAGUGCCAUCACACACCAUUUCAGAAUAAUCAAUCUAGGAAAAGACUUGAAAGACUUUGGCACCGCCUACCUUGAAAUCCACUGGCCAAAAGAGACAGCGAACGGGAAGUGGCUGCUCUACCUGAUGAAAAUCAGCUCCACUGGAGUGGACCAGAUAGAGUACUCUCCUAAAGACGUGGUCAACCCUCUUAAGAUGAAGGAACCAAGUAACAUCAGGAAGAGAAGAGCAGCAGAAAACACCCAGGGACAUGUCGAGGGCACCCUUUCACGUUUACUUGACAGCAAGGAAUCUAUAACUCUGUCCUGUGACAAUGGGGCAUCAUGUGUGAAGAUACGGUGCCCCCUACGGGGCCUGGACAGUAAUGCCGUCAUCACGCUCACCUCUCGCCUCUGGAACAGCACCUUCUUAGAGGAUUUUCCCAGGCUCCAUCAUGUGGAGGUUAUAGUGACGGCCUCUUUGCAUUUCAACACUACAACAAAGAACACAGUGCUAAAAAAUGCUGAAUCACAGGCGAAACUGAAAGUGUUCCCACUGCGGCAUGCAGCCCAGUUGGGAGGAGUGCCAUGGUGGAUCAUCCUGCUGUCCGUCCUGUUCGGGCUGCUGUUGUUGGCCCUGCUGGCUUUCCUUCUGUGGAAGUGUGGCUUUUUUAAGCGUGCAAAAUAUGAAGACAAGGUUCCCAGUUACAAGGCUGUUUGCAUCAAACGGGAGGAGAGAGCAAUAAACCGCAGGGAUGGGAACUGGGAUAACCUGGAAAAGAAGCCCUGGAUGACAACCUGGCAUGACAAGGAACAUUAUUCUUAACAGCCAAUGACAAUCUGACGCCACACAGAUUUCCUGUCGCUUACUGAUGAACUCCCAAUUUCACCGUUUUUUUCCCAUGUCUCGUCUUUGCUCAGCGUGGACUGUAAAUAUAAAAAAACCCCGAAAGAAAAUCAUUGAUAUAAAAAAACAAACAAAAAAAACAAAAAAACAGUUGUAGGACUGACUUCUUGAUCAAACAUUCUGCUUCAGGGGCUGAGUUGAUCUUAGAGAAAGUCUGUAUGAAUCACUGGAAGGAGAGUUGCAGUGUGGGAGAUGGUCCUGCACAUCUACUGUCUGUCAGAGCUUUGGAGCUUGUUUUGCACAUUUACUACAUUCAGUGUUGACUGGGGGAGGGAGGGUGGAAUUAUUUCUAGAGCUUUUAUACAGUUUUUUUUAAUGGUUUGGAGAAUUAUUUUGUAUCUAUUCUUCAUGAGUACCACCUCAUGUUACAUGCCCUACAGGCCAAAGAGUUUAUUUUUUCAUUUCCCUAUUUCUUAGCGUUUCUACUUUGCAUCCGCCGUAACUGUUGAUCAAUGAGUUGUACUUUAUGGAUGAACUGCAACUUAUGUCGAGCACCAUUGUUUUUAAAAAUACUAAAAAGUCUCUUUAGAAUUGACCUUUUAUUCACUGGCUGUAAAAAAUAAAAA